ACAGAGAAAUAAAUAAGCAAUUAAGUAAGUGAGAAAGCGGCAGAUCCGCAUUUUGAGGAGUUAGCUCACGACCACUGGAGGACUCAUCAGAAUAUCUCCGUCCAAGAUCGUCUGCUCCUAUGGGGUUGAAGCAGCCAUUGAACAGCAAUUGUUGAUACGAGAGCACUUUCACCCACCCCUGUUAGCAAAAGCCUCUAGUUGCUAUUUAUAGCUGAAGCCACCGACCACAGCGAUGAAGAAGACGACGACGAACGACCAAAGUGUGUUCGAUGGACGGUGAUCUCUUGUUGCUGAAUGGAACAACGCCGAGGGAGGCAAAGGACGGAGAUGUUGACUCGGGCGGAUCAAGGAAGAAACGGUCGACGCGGACUUAAGGUGCUUGACCCUGCCCGUUACUAGCUGGGGACCCGAACUCAUUGCUCAAACACUGCCCAGUGUCUACUUUUCGCUCUAUCUCUUUCAAUCUCUGUCUACCCACGUAUAUAUAUAUAUAUCUACACACGUACACAAAUACAAAGCUCAGGAUUCAUUGCCAAUAUGUGCUGGAUCUGCAUAGUACAAGUGUUCUUCUUUAUCAGCUGCCUGUUUAAAGGCACACACUGCCAACAAGCCCAGUAUAUCCGUGUUCGUCCAAACGACACAGAAGCUUCUGAAAACCAACAAAGCGUGGAAUUCCAGUGCCACGUCGACAACAAGGCCCGAUCCGUCGAGCUAAGCAAAGAUGGAUACUCACUGGUUCCCCCUCAAGCGUUGUCCAUCAAUGACUUGCCGGCUGCUAACAACAUUGAAGUCCGCCAGGGCGACAAAGUGGUGCUCUACUGCAAAGCUGUCGGCAGCAAGCCUCCUACUCAACUCAUCUGGUACAAAAACGACAAGGAAAUAUUUGACGAGGAUGCCCAAAUGUCAUUUGAUGAAGAUAAGCAGCGACGUUACACGACGACAAGUUCCGUCACACUGUACCCAGGAGUGGACGACAAUGGCGCCAUCUAUUCAUGCGAGGCGAGGCACCCAGCUCUUGAAAGAUACUUGCGAUGUUCUGUUGCCAUCAAUGUAUUGCAUGCACCUGGAAUUCCUCAGAUCGAAGGCUACAUCGAAGGGGACGUUCUGACAUCCGGAGACACCCUCACUUUAGCUUGUAUUGCAAGAGGCGGGAAUCCUCCCCCUCAGUUGAUUUGGAAACGGGGGAAUGUCCAAGUGGACGCAACGUAUACUGUCAGCGGACACGUGACCACUAACAUCCAUACCUUCCGCGUCGAUGCUUCGGAUAAUGGUGGUGUCUACAGGUGUGAGGCUUGCAAUUACAUGACGAAAGUACCAUUGGCUGCGUCUGUUAAGCUCAGCGUACAUUAUCCUCCCUCAAAUGUAAAGUUGAUAGGUCCUCUGGAAGCUAAGAAAGGAGACACAGUGACAUUGACGUGCUCUACGGAAGCGAGUAACCCUCCGUCCCAGAUCACAUGGGUGGUGGAUGGCUCAAGAUUGGUUGGCGGGGAGUCCGUAACCAAUCGAUUACAAGACGGAUGGACGACGUCAUCCAACCUCACAAUCACACUCACCAGGCAGGAUCCCGAUGUGAAAACAUUUGCUUGUUAUGCUGAAAAUCCACCUGUUCGAAAAAAGACCUUCAGAACGCAUAAAAUCGCAGUGACUUGUGAGUAUUUAUCAUCUCAUCUUUCUUUCUCUGAAGGAAAAGUUAACUUAAUUUUUAUAUUAACUUCACUUAAAGUGACGUUGACUUGCACUUCGAGCAGCAGCAAUCCCUUGGCAAGAAUUUCUUGGAAACGCGAUGGGCGGCACGUCCGUGACCACGUGGAAGAAACUUUCAGUGCAGAUUACGGUGCCAUCUCCACCCGUUCAGUGCUCACUUUCUCCGUCACUUCUGCAGACGAUAGGGCAACAUUCGAAUGCCGGGCUAAGAGCGACGACUUGCCAGCAGUCAGCAGCAAUGUCACUUUUCGGGUCAGACAUAAACCAGAGUUCCCAGAUCCAUACCAGCGAAUGGACGUUGCUGAAGGAACUAAUGCGACCGUUAACGUCAGCGUCUACGCAUAUCCACCUGUUGCGUGGUUUUCCUGGACAAAGGAUUCCGCCCUCAUUCCUCCUGUUUCGGAGAAGGACGACCACGCUCAUCGUGUCACGUCUUCUGGGUCUGCUCUCGUUAUAUUUGGGGUUACCAGGGCCGAUUCCGGCACGUAUGUCUGCAUGGCAGAGAACGAGGAAGGCACCUCUAACGCUACCAUCAUACUCAACGUGCAAUCUCUCCACAUGGAGUGGCCAGCUCGAUUCCCGGACUUGAAUCCUAUCGAGCACGUUUGGGAUGCUUUAGGAAGACGUCUAGCUGCUCUCAACCCGCCCCCUCAGACGUUUGCCGCGCUUGAUACUGCUUUGCAAGAGCAAUGGCUCCCGCUUCCUGAGGAACAGAUAGACUGCAUAAUUGACAGCAUCACACAUCGCUAUCCGGCAGUUGUAGUCAACGUGACCAGCACGGUGGUGGUGGCUGAAGGAGACAAUGCCUAUUUCGAGUGCAUCUUCUCCGCCAAUCCGAUCCUUCCAGAUAUGGUGCGCUGGAGCACAAAAGGCGGGGAACCCAUCCUUCGAGAGAACCAGCAAUUUACCGAAAAUGGGAGGUCUUUGCUCACCCUCUUCAAUGUCACCAAGGGAGAUUCAGGCACUUUGGAAUGCGAAGCCUUCAACGGUUUGGGUGACCCAGAUAUGAAAGUUGCGAAUCUCGUGGUACUUUAUAAGCCUUCCAUUGUUCGAAAUCUGGUAACUUCGAAAAUGGCUUUAGAGCUGUCCUCCACAGCCGAGCUGCGCUGCUUCGCAGAAGGAGAUGGCAACAUCAGUUUUGUCUGGUCUUUCAAUAGCACAGUCAUUCUUCAAGGUCUCGACAUCGGAAGGUAUGACAUCCGAACGGCAAAAACUGGGGACUCCCAGUGGUGUAGCGUACUCACCAUCAAGAGGGUACGGCAAGAUGAUUUUGGAGAAUACACCUGUGUUGCCAAGAAUCAUCUAGGUUAUGAUUUCAUCAAAUUUAGUCUUAGUAAAAAAGGUGCUCCAGAACAUCCACAUCAUUUGAAAACCGUCACCCAGGCCCCGGAUUCUAUCACUUUGUCAUGGACACCAGGAUUCGAUGGUGGAGCCGAGCAGAAUUUUCGCAUUCGCUUUAAGAAAAGUGGAUCGUCCAUCUUUUAUUACCGUGAAGCACCGACGAACGCGACGUCGUACACCAUUUCGGGACUGGAACCCGGAGAGCAAUAUGAUUUUUUCAUUGCAGCGUACAACGAUUUCGGCGAAAGCUCCUUCACGGAAAAUGUUCUCUCGGUCGCCACCAAAAGUAUUGUUGGUAAGGAUAUUUUUAAGUUAAAAAAGAUUGCAAUAUAA